AUGUCGUCCAUCAAAGUCGCCCUAGUGGGUGCCACGGGAGAAACUGGAACUUCCAUCGUGAACGGACUCCUAGCGUCUUUGACAACAAAAUUUGAAAUUACAGCACUAGCUCGCCCCGAGUCUCUUGACAAACCGGAGUAUGUAGAGCUCAAGAACCGUGGUGUCCAAGUAGUGCCCUGCGACUUAAAGGGCCCCCAAGAUGCACUAGUCAGUGCCCUAUCCGGCAUUGAUAUUGUCAUCUCUGCAAUCUUUGUUGGAAGCCUAAUGGAUGAAAUCCCUCUUGCCGAAGCUGCGAAACGCGCAGGUGUUAAACGGUUUGUCCAGUCCGCAUUCAUGGUCGUUCUUCCUCCAAGGGGAGCUGUCGAUUUCCGAGACAAGAAAGAGGAGAUUCUCAACUACGUCCAAAAGCUUCGUCUCCCGUACACCUAUAUUGACGCCGGCUGGUGGUACCAGCUUACCUUGCCCCGGCUCCCAUCUGGCCGUUGGGAUUAUGCCCUGCCCACAUACGCCUCGGAGCCAAGGCUCGGAGGGGAUGGGAAUGUUCCAAGUGCCCUCGCCGAUAUCAAAGAUGUCGGAAGAUACGUUGCUAGAGUCAUCACAGAUCCGCGCACCCUCAACAAAAGGGUUCACGUCUAUAGUGAGGUCCUCACGCGAAACCAGGUCUACGAUUUGGUAGAGAAGAUCAGCGGCGAAAGGCUAGAGCGCAAAUAUAUUACGGCAGAAGAGGUCACAGCCCGUAUCGAAAAAGCUCAGGCAAGCCUCCAAGCUAAUCCAAAGAGCCUGGAAGCUUUUGGUGCCCUUGCUACUCAGCAACUUCUUCUGUCUUGGGCCAUUCGUGGAGAUAAUACACCCGAGUAUGCUGGGUAUUUGGGUUAUCUGGAUGGCAAGGAACUAUACCCCGAUUUUGAAUACGUCAAGUUUGAGGAUUACGUCAAGGCGGCUCUUAACGGUACCGUCAAAGGGGUAUACCAACCGGGAAAAUAA